GAAUGGAAUGAACCGGAACAGAAGAGAAAUUUUCAACAUGGCUGCCAAUGGGCGGAAAACCUGUCUGCUUUUUGUUUUAUUUCAAGAUUCCGACACUGACUCUGAUUCUGAGGACGAAAAUAUCUUAUUACCUGCACUAGCAGGCGCUAUAAAGAAAGAAAAACCAAAAAUAUAUGGAUAUGUGGAGGAUGUGGUUCCCCUUUAUUCUGAUGCUUCAUUUAGAAGAAUGUUUCGACUGUCAAGACAGACAUUUCAAAUCCUCUCUUCAUAUCUAGAGGAAGUUCCAGAGAUGAAGAAAGACGGUAAUGGUGGUAAAGAACGAAUGUCUCCACAAAAAGAUAUUUUAACCACAUUAUGGUACCUAGGGACUCUCGACAGCAUUGACAGGAUAGCAGACCGUUUUGGCAUUUCGCCAUCCUCGGUAAUCAGGGCUAGAGACCGAGUUAUGAAUUCAAUUCUAACUCAUCUCAAGUCAAAAUUUAUAAAAUGGCCCAAUCCCAAUGAAUUAAAUCAAAUCGCAAGCAAUUUCCAGCAAAAGAACGGAUUUCCAGGGAUUGCUGGUGCAUUAGAUGGGACUCAUAUUAGAAUAGCAAAACCAACAAACCAUGUUGGAAGGGAUUUCCUUCCUUGCAGUUACAAGCGGUAUGCAAGGAAGACAUGAUGUUUACUCAUGUAUUUACCGGAUUUCCAGGAAGCUGUCACGACGCAAGAGUUCUUAGGAAUUCCGAUUUAUGGGAAAAUGGAUUACAAAUGAUUCCAAAUAUAUACCAUAUCAUAGCUGACGCAGCCUAUCCACUAAGAAUAUGGCUACUCACUCCCUACCGAGACAAUGGUCACCUGACACACGAGCAACGCCGCUAUAACAACUACCUGUCCAGCAACAGAAUGGUAAUUGAGAGAGCAUUUGCUCUUCUGAAGGGUAGAUUCCGCCGAUUGCGUUUCCUGGAAACCCAGAAAAUUGAGUAUGCUGUCAAAAUUAUCAUGACCUCUUGUGUUUUACAUAAUGUCUGCAUUUUCAACCAUGAUGAAGUCGACGAUUUCAUUCAGCAAGAUGUUAUUGCAGCAAAUUAUAAUGUUCCAGGAAUCCAGGACUGUGAAGCCCAGGGUGUACAGAAACGUAAUCAAAUAGCCAGGAAUCUUUUGUGAUAGGCUAACUUCAGAAUGAAUGCAUCAUGUUUUUAAACAUCAUAUUCAAUAAAGAAUACAGUAACUGUUCAAUACAAUUUAAUACAGAAAAAUAUAACAAUGUAACAAAACUCAACAAAAGAUGUCAAAUCGAACUUAUAUGUUUUUUUAUGUAAAUAAAACUAUGGAA